UGAGCACCGCCUUCCCGGCCUAUAGGUCCUCAUCCGAGCUCUAGGGGACUUCCGGGCCGCUCUGCGCAUGCGUGGCGGCCAUAUUCGAAGUGGUUCGCAGGCAGCUGCUUUGGUUCUCGCUUCUUGCGGAGGAAAGCGGUCGUUGUAGCUGUGGAUUCUGAUUCUUCAUUGUUUUCUCUCCGGAAUUUUCUAAAGUUCAGAAACCAUGUCUCGAAGAUAUGACUCCAGGACCACUAUAUUUUCUCCAGAAGGUCGCUUAUACCAAGUUGAAUAUGCCAUGGAAGCCAUUGGACAUGCAGGCACCUGUUUGGGAAUUUUAGCAAACGAUGGUGUUUUGCUUGCAGCAGAGAGACGCAACAUUCACAAGCUUCUUGAUGAAGUCUUUUUCUCUGAAAAAAUUUAUAAACUCAAUGAGGACAUGGCUUGCAGCGUGGCAGGUAUAACUUCUGAUGCUAAUGUUCUGACUAAUGAACUGAGGCUCAUUGCACAAAGGUAUUUAUUACAAUAUCAGGAGCCAAUUCCAUGUGAGCAGUUGGUUACAGCACUGUGUGAUAUCAAACAGGCCUAUACACAAUUUGGAGGAAAGCGUCCCUUUGGUGUCUCGUUGCUGUACAUUGGCUGGGAUAAGCACUAUGGCUUUCAGCUCUAUCAGAGUGACCCCAGUGGAAAUUAUGGGGGCUGGAAAGCCACAUGCAUUGGAAAUAACAGUGCUGCAGCUGUGUCAAUGUUGAAACAGGACUACAAAGAAGGAGAAAUGACUCUGAAGUCGGCGCUUGCUUUAGCUAUCAAAGUGCUGAACAAGACCAUGGACGUUAGUAAGCUGUCUGCUGAGAAAGUGGAAAUCGCCACAUUAACCAGAGAGAAUGGGAAGACGGUGAUAAGAGUUCUCAAGCAAAAGGAAGUGGAACAGUUGAUCAAGAAACAUGAGGAAGAAGAAGCUAAAGCUGAGCGUGAGAAGAAAGAAAAAGAACAGAAAGAAAAAGAUAAAUAGGAGAUGGAAUCAAGGAUUUCAUAACUCGUGUGGGGCACUCUUUAAGUGUAGACAUUGUUCUAUUCUUCCAAGUCCAAGAAGGCUUUUUUUUAAAAAACAAAAAACUUGGACAGUGGAGAAAUAAGACAUGACCUAGUGAAUUGGGUCCUUGUCUCUUUAUUGUAAUGAUGAUGAUGAUCACUCUUCAUGGACAUCUUAAUUGCACACAAACCCCCUUUUUGGAAUAAAAUUUGGAAAGAAUGGAAA